AUGAACAAAUCGCUACUUUCCAAGGCAACUAGUUCUAAAGCUGUUGUGACCGCAGCUGAUGUCGGCAGUUUCGUCAAAGUAGCCGGUGUAGGGCCAGGAAUUUUACGUUAUGUCGGUACUAUACAUGGCAAAGACGGUUUAUUCUGUGGAAUAGAAUUAGAUUCGACUAUUGGAGGAAAGCACAAUGGAACUUAUCAGGGUGUUGCAUAUUUCAAAUGUCCGCCAGAGCGGGGCAUCUUUGCUCCAAUGUACAAAGUAGAGUUAGAUGAACCAGAUGAUGUGCCGAUGAUGUCCAUGUCUCAACACCAACAACAAGUCCCUGAGCGUCUAUCACGAUCAGCAUUGCCCAGUCUCCAACUGACGAACAUCUUCCGACCGGAGCAUCCGUGUGAUCCAUCUAGUCUAAUAUCAUCCUUCGAAAGUUCCUCUAUUAAUAUGGAUGAUUCAUUGUUUUCCCAAGCUUCUUGGGGAGAUGCAGACAUGCAAGCUUCUGGAGCAACUUACAUCAUCCCACCAGGGCGCGGCCAUUAUGAUCAAGAAGAAGAUUUGAUGAACAUCAAAGCUCCAUCUGAUUUGGUCAUCAUCGAUGAAGAAGAACUCAAACGAGAAACUCAGCGAAUUCUUGGUGAAUCAUUUGUGGUUGAAAAAUCGAAAAUUGGAGUUGAACAUCUUCCAGUCGUUGAAGAUGAAGAUGAAGAUGAUCUUCUGACGCCAAUUGUUGAAUUAAGACGACCAAUACCGCCAUCAUCAUCAGCUCAUCAAAAGCUAGACAUUGAGGUUUCCAAUCUUCCUCAAAGUGAGCCAGCGGCUUCUCCUCAAUCAUCAACUGCGUUAACAACAUCCAGGUCGUCGACAUCCAACAGCGACUGUCAGGAAAAACCAGCAAAAUCUCCAUCAUCGACGUCGUCAAAGGCAGAUAGUGCAAAAUCACAAACAGAAGCUAAAAAAGGGAAAGCGUCAACGAUGGACAAAAAGGGAGAAACAGCAACAGCACCGCCAAAGGCUACUAAACGAGAAGCUGCUCCUCCACCUGCUGCUCCAGCCGCUCCUGCUGCUCCCAAGUUCCCAGUGAAACCUAAAGCGCCAUCGAAGCAUCAGCUGAUGAUGGAACAGUUGAAGGCUUCCAUAGAAGCAGAUAAAAAUAAGCCAAAGAAGGAAGCUAAGCCACGUGUUAGUCUAGCUCCACCUCCACCUGCACCGAAGCAGAAGGAGAACGAACCAAAAGCCAAAAUGCCUGCCGAAACGCAAUCCACACCUCGUCUUGUUAAACAACCACUUAAAGCUAGUAAUACAUCUUUGGCUUCAACUACUUCGAAGCCGGAACCUGUAAAGCGCGAACGGAAACCUUUAUAUGUCCCUCCACCACCGAAAGAGCGAAAGGAGAAAGAGGAAAAACCAAAAACGGUAGCAGCAAAGGCUUCAACUAAGACAGCCGCUGAACCUGCAAAAGCUGCCGCAGUUGCUUCAGUGCCAACUAAAGCUUCGAAACAACCUCUUCAAUAUCCAACAUCGUCGUUUGCUGGUGGAAAGCUUCGAACAGCAUCAACAACAAGUUCAGGUCCAAGCACAAGUCGAAAUGCUGCUAGCACUAAAGCCAAGUCGCUAAGCGAAGACGAAAAGUUGGAACGCCUCAAACAAGCAGUUCAAGCUGUUGAAGUUCUGGCCUUGGUGAUACAGCAUAUGAAGCUUGAAACAGACAAGCUUGCAUCUAAUUUAGAAUCUCAGACAAUCUCUUCUAAAGAGCUAAAGAAUCGAUUAUGUGCCGUCGAGAAGUUACAUUCAGAUGACGUGGAACGCUCAAGGAACCAUGCAGAGCAAGUCACACGAUCGCAUGAUGAAACUGUGGCGCGCAUGAAAGAACGAUUUGAAGUUCAGUUGGCUGAGAAAGCCAAGGAGUUUGAUCGUACAAUCGAAGAUGAAAAGAGUCGACAAGAGGCUGAAGUUGAAGCUAUGAGUCGUCGUCAUCAAAAGGUCAUUGGAGCAUUGGAUGAGAAGAUUGCUGAAUCAGAAAAAAUAGCUGUUCAAUUGAAAGCAGAUAAAGUUGCUUUGCAAACAGCAUUAGCUAAUGAUAGUGAUCAGCGUAACCAGAUGCUAACGAAAGAGAUCAACUCUUUGCAAACAGCAUUAGAAUUGAAAAGUAGCGAAAUGAAAGAGCUGAGGCAGAAGUAUCAACAAAUAGCAUUGCGUGUGGAAGAGAUUCCAUUGAAAGAUUUAGAAAUAACAAAGUUGAAGCAUAAAGUUGCAGAGCUCAAACAGUCAUUGGAUCAGAAAAUCAAUUAUGAAAAAAUGUUAGUCCAUCAAAAUGAAGAAUUGAAACGUCAACAGCUCAUGGUUGAAGUCGAAAAAGAUGAAAUGAGGAAGAGCAUCGAUGUUAUGGUCUACAAAUAUGAGAAUGGUGAAGAUACUGUCAAUAUGGAUACCAGCUUCAUCAAAUACAAUACAACUCCUGGUAGGGUGAACUUCCGUUCAAGAUCAAGUAAUAGCUCACAUCGUCCUCCAUCAGGGAUUCCUGUAGAUGCUCGGCUUUCUCAAUCUUCUUGCAGCGAUAUGGAAAGAUCGACAGAUCGAGAUAGCUUAACGCGAUCAACAGUAUCGAUGUACGCUUCUCAGUACAAGCUGCCUGAAAACCAUGCUCAAGAUGUCAUAUAUGCUCCAGAUGAAAUGAUACUUGGUGGAUCGAACGUGAAACUGUCGAAUCUGCUAUCAGAAGAGAAUGACAACACCUCAAAGGUUAAUUGUAAUUCCACAAAUCCACAAACGGACUCAGGAAUCGUUUGUUAA